AAAUAGAGAAGUCGAGUUUGGCUUUUCUCUCAUAGAGUUUCUUGUCUCGUUGUUAUUAUCAAUGACUAUCAUAGAAGAACCCAUUCUUUCGAGAUCAGAUCGUAUUGAUAUCAUGGUGAGGAAGCUAGAAGAGAUGAAAGGAAGCUCGAGCCCAUCUACUCCGUCUAGUGGGAGGACUCAGCCGUCGUCACUGGAUCUGUCUUCGCCUAGGAGGAGCAUAGGGAAGGUUCAAUGCCUCCGUUCGAUGGAGCAAGUGAUGGAAGAGACUGAGAGGAAAGGAAAUUUGCUAGAGAGACUAAACAAUGUGGAGGAUCAAGUUCUUAAGCUGUGUUUGUGGUUUGAGGAAGAGAGAAAGAAAGAUGAUAAGAAGAAGAAAAAGAAAGGGUUGAGAAAGUUCGUAGAUAAAGUUGUUGGAUCUUCUUCUCCGACGAAGAGCCAUUCAAAGAGUUGGCGUUGCUGAGCCAUUUUACUUUGUGUGUAUAUCUUCCAUCAUCGAGGAAGUGGUUUUUAUUUUCUUUUAUUGAAGAUUCGUAUUAAUAGACUGUUUGUUAGUAGAUUUUGAUGAAAUUUUCAAAACAGAUGGUUUAAUUUAUGCAUAAUGAUUUAAGGUCUGAUAGUUUGCACUAGUGUCUAGUGCUAAUUUUAAGCUCAAACCGGCCUUUAAACCAACAAGAACGAAAUAGAAUCUUGAAUAUAAUCGAUAAAUUUACUGUACCUUGAGUUUGAG